AUGUAUAGCGAUACUGAAUGCGCGCGUCGCGCAGGAAAUUCAAAUCGUAGUUGUCAAUCCACGUCACUAUCAAGUCGUUAUGUACGUGGUUGUGGUAGCAAUCAAGAUCUAUCCAAACGAAUGCAAUCUUUAUCGUCACCAUCGAUAUCAGAAAUAAUUUACAAUAAUGAAACAUUUCCACUUCUAGCCGAAUUUUUGCAAAUACAUGGACGUGAAUCAUUAGUUGGAUUUUGUGCUAUUGUCAUUGGAAUAUCAAAUUUAUCUGCAGAUAAACGACAAGCAUUGUAUGCUGUUCGUGCUGCUUAUAGACAAUAUGUUGCUGAUGAAUCGAUAUCGAAUAGUUGGUUACAACCAAUAACAAGAGAAUCAAUUCGACAACAAAUAUCUCAGCGGAAUUUUGAUCCCUAUAAAAUAUUUCAACCGGCUAUGAAAGAUAUGCUGAAAUAUUUAAAACAAAAUUUCUAUUCAAAUUUUCUUUCAUCGCAAUUAUGGAAAAAUUAUUCAAAUAAAAAACAGCAGCAGCAGCAGCAACAACAAGACAAACGAAUGAAAGUACUAAAUGCUUCAACACCAAAAAAAUUAAAUUCAUCCAUAAGCACAUCAACUGUUAAAUCAUCGAAACAAUCGACAUAUAAACGAGAAAUUUUAACAAAUUUUAAUGGAAACAGAACACUUGGUUCUACAAAUUCAAUGAUGACACCGAUUAAAACUCCUUUGGCAUGUUUUAUACAAAACAAAGACGUUCCAUAUAUGAUUCAUUUAAAUAUUCCUGUUGAACGUGUUACGUUAGGCGAUAUUAAGCCUCGUAUACAUCAUUUAGCUGGUAAAAGAUUCGAUAAUCAAACAACUGAGUCUCAUUACUAUUUCAAACGUCGUAUUGAUCCAUCAGAAUUAUGCUUAAUGAAUGAUGGUGUAACAUCAAUGCCUACAUAUGUAUAUGAAGAAAUUGACAAUGAAGAUAUUCAUACACCAGUACCACAUCUUGAUGGUAUUAUUGUGUGUAAAUUUGACUUUUCGAGUUGA